AUGAAUCUCGAAGCUAUCACUGUCAGGUGCAUGGAGUGGUAUAAAAUGCUUCGAUUGUCUCUCGAAUUCGACAAAUCUCGUCUCAAACCAACAUGGCUGCCCCAAUUGAACAUCUUUACUGGAGCCAGAGGCUACAUGGGGCCUGUAUUCUCUCCCACAAGAACGCCGCUUCGUGCUCUCCAUAGUGCUGAUAGCGUCGUUGGAUCAUAUAUCGACGAGGAUUUUACUGCUUCUCAGACCGAUGUGGGUGGUGGUCUCACUGUAUCGACGCGGACAAACUUUCCCCUACCCGAGCCAUCCUCGAUUGCUUGA